AUGAAGUUCCUCCAAAUCACCCUCCUCUUUUGGAUCACGUCGUUCGUCGCCGCCGUUCCGCCCUUGUCCCCCUCCACUGAUCUCUCGAUCCGUGGCGCGUCUGCUCUCGACUCCUUCAACCAUCUCGAGAAGCGCAAAGGUGGUGGGGGUGGUAAAGGGGGUGGAGGGGGCAGCAGUUCCUCUGGCGGAUCCAGCGGCGGACGCAGCGGUUCUGGCUCCUCAGGCGGCUCAUCUACGAGACCAAACGGCGUGCCUUACUCCUUUUCCUCCUCCUCCAACGCUGGCGGCCGCACGCGAGACGGGUCGGGAACACCCAAGACAUACGGAACCAGAUACACGGGCGGCGCGGUGGUGCCGUUCACCGCAGGCAAGCGCUCGCCGACUCUGGGCGUUGCGCCGUUCUUCAUCGGCGCGGGCGCGCUGGCCUUUUUCCCCGGCCUGUGGCUCUACGGCAGUGUUUGGGCGUACCCGUACGGCAUCCCGUACUACUGGACCGACAACGACGGGCGCAACCGCACCUCGAACGUGACCUGCCUAUGCCAGCAAUACCAAGUCUGCGGCUGCGACCCCAGCAACAACUCGACGUUUCUGACCCAGGUAGUCACCAACGGCAGCUCGACCCCGAUUGCGCCCGUCAACACCAGCACCGUCAGGACCGUGACCUUCAGCAAUGGCUCGACCAGCACGUACGUCAACGGCAGUCUCGCCAAUGGCACGACCGCCAGCGGAGGCACCGACCCGAGCGACCCCUCACAGGUCAGCGCCGGUGUCCGAACCGUCAUGGAGUUGAGCGGGUAUUGGGUCAUGAUUGUGAUUGUGGGCUGGGGCAUGUGGAUGACUGCCUAG